UGAAAACUCGUUAGGCCCAUACCCAUGGUUCAGCCUUAUAAGCCACUUUCAUCAGAAAACCCUUAACCCUUGGAAUCGAUUUUGCAGCCGCGCCCCAAUCUCGUUUCUCACUUCUUCCCUCCGAGCCACCCAAAAUGACUAAGAGAACCAAGAAGGCCGGUAUUGUUGGCAAAUACGGCACACGAUAUGGUGCCAGUUUAAGGAAGCAGAUUAAGAAGAUGGAAGUCAGUCAGCACAGUAAAUUCUUCUGCGAGUUCUGUGGAAAGUAUGCUGUUAAGAGGAAGGCUGUUGGUAUCUGGGGCUGCAAAGAUUGUGGAAAGGUGAAAGCUGGUGGUGCAUACACAUUGAAUACUGCCAGUGCUGUAACUGUGCGAAGCACCAUCCGAAGGCUGAGGGAGCAGACCGAGAGUUAGACAACCAGUUUACAUUAUUCUCAUUUUGUUUUCUAAGUCAUUGCAGAAACUUUUGUACUUUUUAAAUAUUAUUAUAUUUGAUUUGGUUGAUAGUUGACGGAGAACAGAAUUUUGCCAGGUUUUUGUCAAGUGUAUCAGUGAUGCUUCUUUAGAUUAUUGAAUGCUAUCUAAUUUUGUGGUUUUGCUUCAAACAGUGAUUGGAUUGGUUUGUCUU